AUGGCACCCUCAAAGCCUUUUCUUUUCGCGGAUCCCAUGUCUUCGGCCGAGGAAGAAGAUCUCAGAUAUGAGGUCGAGGUUGAAGCGAUCAAGCAAUGGUGGAGGAAUUCGAGAUGGAGGUAUACGAAGCGGCCAUUCAAGGCAGAGCAUAUAGCAGCAAAGCGCGGCAACAUCAAAGUAGAGUAUCCGAGUAAUGUGCUGAGCAAGAAGCUAUGGCGACUCAUGGAGGACAAGUUCCAAAACGCUGAUGCUAGCUAUACGUAUGGUGUUCUUGAGCCAACUAUGCUCACCCAAAUGGCGAAGUUCCUGGACACCGUGUACGUCUCAGGCUGGCAAUGCUCCUCUACAGCAUCUUCUACGGACGAGCCGGGCCCAGAUCUUGCAGACUAUCCCAUGGAUACUGUGCCAAACAAAGUACAACAGUUGUUCAUGGCUCAGCUUUUCCACGACCGCAAACAACGUGAAGAGCGUAUCACCACCCCUAAAGCCCAACGAAGCAACGUGCCAAAUAUCGACUACCUUCGCCCACUCAUUGCUGACGCAGACACCGGGCACGGUGGACUUACAGCAAUCAUGAAGCUCACCAAGCUAUUCGUUGAAAAGGGCGCCGCAGGUAUCCAUAUUGAAGACCAGGCACCUGGCACGAAGAAAUGCGGCCACAUGGCUGGCAAGGUACUCGUACCUAUAAGCGAGCAUAUCAAUCGUCUCGUUGCCAUCCGUGCCCAAGCCGAUAUCAUGGGAAGCGACCUCCUCCUCAUAGCCCGAACAGACUCCGAAGCCGCAACCCUCAUCACCAGCACAAUCGACCACCGAGACCACGCCUUCGUCCUAGGCACCACAAACCCCGCCCUGCAGCCCUUGAACGACCUAAUGAUAGCAGCCGAGCAAUCCGGCAAAUCAGGCGCGGAGCUCGAAGCCGUCGAAGACGCCUGGAACGUCCAAGCCGGUCUCAAACUCUUCAACGACGCAGUCGAAGACACCAUUAAUGCAGGUGUACACGUCGACAAACCAGCUUUGAUCAACGAAUACCGCGCGGCCAGCAGAGGCAAAUCCAACAGCGAAGCUCGCGCCCUAGCUAAAACCCUCACAGGUGUAGAUGUGCCCUGGGAUUGGGACGCCCCACGUACGCGCGAGGGCUACUAUCGCUACCAAGGCGGCAUUGCAACCGCAGUGAACCGCGGCCGAGCGUAUGCUCCUUAUGCAGACUUGCUCUGGAUGGAAAGCAAACUCCCCGACUACGAUCUCGCGAAGCAGUUCGCCGAUGGCGUGCACUCGCUCUGGCCGGAGCAGAAGCUCGCCUACAACCUCUCCCCGAGCUUCAAUUGGAAGAACGCGAUGCCGCAGGCCGAGCAGACCACGUAUAUUGCGAGGUUGGCGAAGCUAGGGUAUUGUUGGCAGUUUAUCACAUUGGCGGGAUUGCAUACCAGUGCAUUAAUUAGCCAUCAAUUUAGUCAGGCGUUCAAGGAGCAAGGGAUGAGAGCGUAUGGAGAGUUGGUGCAGGAGCCGGAGGUAGAAGGGGGUGUUGAUGUGGUGAAGCAUCAGAAGUGGAGUGGGGCCAAUUAUGUGGACGAGACGUUGAAGAUGAUCACAGGUGGUGUGAGCUCGACGAGUGCUAUGGGUAAAGGGGUCACGGAAGACCAGUUCAAAUAG